AUGGCUAUUGUAAUCUAAAAAUACUGGAGAGGUUACAUAGCGCGUCGUAAAGUAGAUAAUCAAAAAAUAUUGUGUGCAUUUGAAACUGAGACUGUAGAAAGUGGAAUCACAAUAAAUUAAGAUGACAAACCCAGAAUUGAAAAACCCACAUUUACGUAUUAAAUUUCAUAAAUUAGAUUCCCUGGAGGUGCCACCUAUACAGGAGAAUGGAGAGGAAACUCAAGAGAUGGUUAUGGAAUCUAAAUUUGGCCUGAUGGUGCUAAAUAUGAAGGUGAAUGGAAACAUAAUAAAGCUAAUGGAAGAGGUAAAUUUACUCACAUUAAUGGUGAUGUUUAUGAAGGAGAAUGGGAAAAUGAUAUGUCAAAUGGAUAUGGAGUCUAUAAACAUAUCGAUGGUCCAAAUUAUGAAGGUGAAUGGCUAAAUGAUAAGUAACAUGGAUAUGGUAUUGAGUUAUGGCCUGAUGGUUCUUUAUAUGAGGGAUAUUUUUAGAAUUCUUAUAAGCAUGGUUAAGGUAAAUAUAUGUGGAGCAAUGGUUAAAAAUAUGAAGGAGAUUGGGUUCAAAAUAAAAUAUCAGGAAAGGGAAUUUUAAUUUGGGCUGAUGGAAGAAAGUACGAAGGUGAUUUUUAUUUUGGUAACAUGCAUGGAAGAGGUAUAUAUACUUGGCCAGAUGGAAGAAGAUAUGAAGGAUAAUAUUUUAAUGAUAGAAAACAUGUAUAUCUUAUUCAAUAACUUAAAAUAAGGGUUAUGGUAUUUAUGAUUGGGGAGAUGGAAGGAGAUAUGAAGGAGAAUGGGAAAGUGGUAAAUAACAUGGCAGGGGAUGUUUUUUCAUUAAUAAAAAAGGAAAGUAUGGGAUUUGGCAUAAAGGUAAAAGGAUUUCAUGGGAUCAAUAAUGA